AAGCCAGCAAGUGAAUUCCUGCAGGACAUCAGAAGCACCCUUAGCAGGUGUGAGAUGGGGCAGUUCCAGCUGCCAGAGGAGAUUUCCCCUGAACUGGAAGAAAAAGUCAGCUGUUUCUCCAAGAAAACGAUUGCGCUAUCAAUGACUCUGAGGGAGUUCAAAGACACUCUGCCCUCUGCACUGGAGAGAGCAAGAGGAAAAUCCCUGGGAGCUUUCAGACAAGGUUGCAGAACACCCAUGUUUGACUCCAACUCAGCCUCUAGCCUGCAGAGCCAGGGACAGGAAAUGGCCGAGGCGGAGCUGGUGAGCUUCGAGGAGGUGGCUGUGUAUUUCUCUGAGGAGGAAUGGGCUCUGCUGGACCCGGGCCAGAGAGCCCUCUACAGGGAUGUGAUGCAGGAGAAUUAUGAGGCUGUGACCUGGUUAGGAUUUCCAGUCUCUGAAACUGAUGUGGUUGCCUGGGUGAAGCGAGAGGAGGAGUUGUGGGUCUCAGAUCCUCAGAGCUGUCAGGAAGGAGAGAGCAUCAGCAACACCCACACAGGUGAGGGGAUGCUGACUGAGAACUAUAAGAGUCUUCAGAAGGAAGGACUGCAGGAAGUGGCUCUAUGGGGGAUGUUAUUGGGAAGAUCUGAAGGGCAUGUUUUCCAGAUACAUGAGCAAGGAGAGAGCUGUGAGAUUCAGCAUAGCCCAGAAAGGCAGCAGGGAAACCAUCAAGAAGAGGGACAGGGUAAAUCCAGUCACAGGAGCAGAGAGGAGAAAAGAAACACAGAAACCGUUCAACAGAAAAUCCCCCAUCAACCGUCACCCUGCUCUUAUAGUAAUUGUGGAACUCUUAUUGAACAUCAAAGAGCCCCCACAGGAGAGAAGCCUUUCAAGUGCUCUGACUCUGGGCAAAGCUUCAGUGAGCACUCACACUUUACGAAGCAUCGGAAAAUACAUACAAGAGAGAGACCCCAUCACUGCUCAGACUGUGGGAAAAGCUUCCGGAGCAGCUCAUACCUUGUUAUCCAUAGGAGGACCCACACAGGAGAGAAACCUUUCAAUUGCUCUGACCCCCUCUGA